AUGUCAGAAGGACCAAUACAUAAUGACGACAAACACUCUAAUGACCAACGACUUCAAGAUCCGGUACAUCCGGGUAUGCCAUAUAAUCCAGAUAAGCUACUCAAACAACUUGGACAUGCGAAUGCUCAUGGCGGUUUAAGUGUAGGUACAGGUGGACACGGUGCCACGAAUAGUAUUUGCAGCAGUAGUCAACCUGUUGGUGGAAAACAUGUAUCAGAUUCAUCUCAAUUUAAACAAGAAGAAUUACAUCCAGGUAUGAAUCCUGAUCCUAUCGAACGAGGUAGACAAUUAGGACAUAAAAAUGCUUACGGUGGACAUUCCGUUGGUACAGGAGGACAUGGACCAAGUCGAGCAAAGGUAGACAAAUAA